UUCAAAUUAAUUACUAUCGCGUCAACUUUUGUCACCUCUACGAGACAAGGUGCCGAGGAUCGGAGCCAUCAAAAUCCUAAACAUGGGCCGGAAAACGCAGCCUCUACAGGAAUAUUGGAUAUAGUACAGUACCUCACACUUCAUUUUCAGUGCUAUUACUACAAACCAUAAAUGGCGGUUUGGUCUCUGCGUCUUCCAUUAACAACUUCAUGGAGAAAUGGCAGACUUAAACCCUUGUCAUAUCCAUGGAAUUUCUCUCUCUCCAACCAUAAUAUUCAUCUACUUGCUCAUUUCUCUGCUACUUCAUCAUCACCUUCACUUUCUGCUUCUACUCAAACCCAAGAACCUCAAAUUAAACCCCAGAUUUCUCAAACUCAUGAAUCAAUUGCUUCACCUUCGAAAUGGGAGUCAUUCCGGAAGAAGAAAGUGGUCAUGCGAGUUGGGUAUGUUGGUUCCAACUACAAAGGUUUGCAGAAGCAACGAGAAGAUAAUAUUCCCACCAUUGAAGAAGCUUUGGAAAAUGCUCUUUACAAAGUAGGUGGCAUCAAUGAAACCAAUUAUGGUAACUUACAUAAGAUUGCCUGGGCCAGGAGUAGCCGAACUGAUAAAGGAGUUCAUUCACUGGCCACGACGAUAUCUUUGAAAUUGGAGAUUCCUGAUUAUGCGUGGAUGAAUGACCCUAAUGGUCUCGUUCUUGCAGACCAUGUUAACUCUCAUCUCCCUGAGGAUAUAAGAGUGUUUAGUAUUUUACCUUCUCAAAGGAGCUUUGAUCCUCGACGGGAAUGUCAUGUCCGAAAUUAUUCCUACCUUCUUCCAGCUGAAGUCAUUGGAAUAACAAGUGACUCCUCUUCUGCUGAAAUUGACUGUCAUAUAAAAGACUUCAAUGAAAUUCUAAAUAUUUUUGAGGGAGAAUACCCUUUUCAUAAUUAUACAGCCAGGUCUAAAUAUCGACGAAAGCCACUAAAAGGACUUGCAAAUAGAAGAUAUAAAGUAUCUGAUAAGCCUCCCCUUUUGGAGGUUGAGGAAAACAAUGCUGAUUGUCAGAACUCAGUUGAUAAUGAAGAUGCAUUGUGUGAUGAAGAACUUAUCACUAAUAUGCCAGAUGACGGUGAUGUUGAUGCGUUGUUUGACUCUGAAGAUGGCCAUGGUGAUGAGUCAGAAAAGAAUGAUUCUACAGUAGUUAUUAAGGCUCGAUGGCUUCAUGAACGUGAUGAGGCGGACAAGCUCAGUUCUGCUCAUUGGAGGAAGAUAUUUCAGUGUUCUUGUGGCAAGUUGGAGAGGUCACUUGAGAUGGGUUUUGUCGAGCUCUCAAUAUGCGGGGAGUCUUUCAUGCUGCAUCAAAUCCGCAAAAUGGUUGGCACUGCUAUAGCAGUUAAGCGUGGAUUGUUCCCCAGAGAUAUUCUCAAACUAUCACUCAACAAGUUCUCAAGAAUUGUCCUACCUCUUGCUCCAUCAGAAGUUUUAGUUUUGAGAGGAAAUGACUUUAGAUUGAGGAAACAGCCUGGGAAUAAGAAAAGGCCAGAGAUGCGUAUAUUAGUUAAUUCUGAAGAGAUAAAAAAUGUAGUAGAUAAGUUCUAUGUAACUGUACUGCUACCUCAAGUUGCUAAGUUUUUGGAUCCUCAUGAGUCUCCCUGGAAGGAAUGGCUUGAGAUUUUGGAUGUGAAUGCAAGUAUACCUGAAUCAGAGUUGGAGGAAGUCAGAAAUGCCUGGAAUGUGUGGAAUGAAGAGUUUCAAAACAGGUUAAACAGGAUAGUUUCUUUAGAGAAAACUGGAGCAUUAGAUGAAUGAUAUGACAUGAAUAUAACAUCUCAAAAUCUGACAAAUCAUGGGUGCUGGUCUAUCAGGAGCUUUGAUAUGCAUGAGCAUCUUGCUGGCUGCAGGUUUUUUUUCUUCUGAAUUUCAUCUUCUUACCUAGCAUAUCUAUUGCUCUUGCAUUCAGCAUUGUCUUCUGCUGCUAGGCUGUGCAAAGUGGUAUAUGGAUUAUAGCCAAUUUAUUGUAUCUGAAGAUUGGGAUUUCCUCUUGUCUAUAUUUUUUCGAUGAAUGUCUAUUAUCACCUUAAAUACUACUUGUCUGCUCAGUGUUCUUUUGCAUACAUUUAGAUCACUGCUUCAA